ACUAUAUACGUUUAUUAAAAUUUACAUCAGUUAUUCUUUGAUUUUUUUUUCACUCUACCAUGAUAGUUUUAAGUGAACUUGCACUAUUAAAUCCCGUUAUUAAUGUUGGUUAUUCCAGAUGACAACUCUGAGUCCACAGAAGAUUACAUCUCGAACAUUCCGAUUGUGCAAGAACCACCAGAAGUACCAGCAAUAGACCAAGAGAGAAAACACCUGGAAGACAAGGAAAACAAGGAAAAGUACAAAUCAUACAUUAAAGUUUCAAGAUGGACUGUACAACCUACAUGUAGCAAAAUUGAUGUCCAUGAGAGUCUGUUCAGCAAACCAAACAAAUUACCAGCUAACAGUGAAAAGAAACCACUCACAUGCAAGAGGAAACUAUUCGCGUCUGAAGUUUCCAAACCAGAAAUUGCAUCAUGUAGAAAGAAAACAACACUAGACAUGGUUGUCCAGCUACUUGGCCCAUCAUCAGAUGUGGAUGACUGUCUUAAGUACAGGGAAUUGAAGCAAAAACACCCUGGUCAUAAGUCCUUUAUAUCAGCUUUUGAUCAAUCUUUCUCUAAGCUACAGAUUGAGGUCAGCAAGAGAUAUUUUGCCCUGAAAGAAGAGAUUACAAAAGUUGAUGAAAAGGAGAACAGUGAGAAUCUGUUAGCCGACAAGGAGAUUGCUCAAAAGCUGCUUGAUCACUGGGGAGUGUACUACUUUUAA